UCAUGGCCUUACUUCUUUAUAUUUAUGAUCCUAGAACACAUAGUCUUAAGACUAGAAGGUAAAAAAGGAAUUAGACUGAAUGAUGGCAUCACUAGCAUAUCACUUGGAAUCUUCCAGGAAUGUGGCAGGUUACUCUGGAGAGGAGCUGAAUACUAUCUUUACACUUGGAUUUACCAACACCACAGAUUAAUCGAGUUACCCUGGGAUAGUGUAUUAACGUGGUACGUUACGGCCAUUGGCGUAGACUUCUGUUACUAUUGGAUGCACAGAAUGUGUCACGAGGUGCACAUAUUAUGGGCGCAACAUCAAGUACAUCAUACGUCUGAAGACUUCAACAUGGGUGUUGGGAUCAGACAAUCAGUUUUGCAAGGAUGGUGUGGAUUUGUCUUUUAUCUCCCACUGGCGCUGGCAAUACCCCCAUCGCAGUUCGUGAUGCACCAUCAGUUCAGCUACCUCUACAUGUUCUGGAUUCACACUAAGGCUAUUAAGAGCCUUGGACCUUUAGAAUAUAUUUUGAACACGCCUAGUCAUCAUCGAGUGCACCAUGGUAAGAUAAUAUGUCUAAAUUUAUCACACCAACAUUUAGUACUACGAAGUAAUGUACUCGAAGAAAAACAAAGU